AUUUCGCCUACAUAUGCCCUGUCGGUCCCCAAACAACCAUGGAGUCGCACGGAGAUGCUACCAAUCUACCAAAGUCUGGGGAUUCUGAAGGGGAGAAAAAGGCAGCUUUUUCUUUUGGAUUUUCUAAAACGGUUAACAAAUUUAAACCGACUAACGACAAUGCAAUCACGAAAGAGGAGACGGAUUACUUGACCGGAAUCGAUGGAAAAGAACUGCUAAGUACAAAGCCAGUUAAUAAGCCGAAGGAGAUCAUCAUCCCCCUCAUCCAAAAGAACCGCUGGUGUGACCGAGUGGACAAAGCAAACAGAGACGACAAAAAUGAAGCCAAGCCACAACAUGUCCCACUCGAAGAUGGCUCUGUUGAAUCUCAGGCUGUCAAAGAGCUUAUUGAAGACUCACAGAGGCAGCAAGAGAAGUGGCAGAAUGGACAUCAGCCCGACCUUAACCUCUCCAUCCCGCUGCUGAUGCAAAACCAGGUCCCACAAGGUUUUGAGGAUGGCGACAAAGUCAAAGUUGAUCUGCGACCUGAAUCUUCCACAGACGCAGAUUAUGAAAGCGUUCCUGUUGAAGCCUAUGGUCUGGCUAUGUUGAAGGGAAUGGGAUGGAACCAAGAUGAAGGAAUCGGGCGCACGUUUAAACAAAACGUGAAACCUAUUGAGCACCAGCUUCGACCGAAAGGGUUAGGCCUUGGAGCCGAUCGUUCGGCGAUAAGGGACCUGGAGCCCAAGGGGCGUCGACGCACCCCCAAGCCAGGAGACGAGCCAGGGAAGGAGGAGGACUUGGUCUUGGGGCCUGGGGGCUGUGUGUUGGUGGAGUCCGGGGCACACAAAGAGCUCUACGGGAAGAUAGAAGGGGUGGAUCCUGACAACGCUCGUGUGGUGGUCAAGCUGGCCAUCGGCGGGCAGACCGUCACAAUCAGUCAAUACGGAAUUAAACUGGUGGACCGCAAAGAAUACGAAAGAAACAGCAAGGAUCUCAGCCGUCUGGGUAAAGCCCACAAGGAGAAGGAGAAGGAGAAGGAGAGCAAGAGAAAAGAGGAUGAAAAGAGGAGUAAUGUUGACGAGGGGAGCAAACACAAAUCUUCAGAGAGAGACCGGGACAGAGGAAAAGACGAGAGGAAAAGGAAACACAGAGAUUCAAGUCCUGAGAGAGAAAAGCCUGCAGUAAAGGAGCCACGGAAAUUGCCAGCUGUCCCAUGUUGGCUCCAGCGAGACCUCAAAGUGCGCUUUAUAGACAAAGCAUUCAAAGGGGGCCGGUACUACAACUCAAAGAUGCGUGUGGAAGAUGUUGUGACACCGACUACCUGUAUUUGUCGAACUGACGAAGGAAGACUGUUGGAAGACGUGAAACAGUCCAUGUUGGAGACCAUUGUGCCGAAGAACGACUCGGAUGCAGUGAUGGUGGUUCUCGGUCCACAUCGAGGCCAGGUCGGUCGCAUUCUGCAGCGCGACAGGGACCGCAGCAAAGCUCUGGUCCAGCUCGAUCGAUAUGAGGAGGAGGUCUUCAACCUGGACUAUGACACCAUCUGUCACUAUAUAGGGGCUGUGGACAACUGAGUCCUCGUCCCCUUCUCUGAUCAGUGUUUACACUUCUCCAAGCCCAUCCUCCAAUAAGUCAAAUUUCAUGUUGUAAAAUGAUGGAUCUGGUUAUAUUGUCUUAAACUAUUUUAAUUUUAUAAUAAAAUCAUGAAUUUCA